UCUGCAGCAUCACUGAGCUGGUGCAGUGCAAACACACUCGCUCACCCUCACCGAUGGUGUGCAGAACAAGGGGGACAUAAAAAAAACCUUCUGAAACUAAAACAUCCAUAUCCUUUUCUUAAACAAACAAAAAACCCACAAUAAAAAAUUCAUCAUGAGCUACAAUCCCUACUUCUCCUACCGCCGCCCUGUGGACAGCUACAAAGGCUCCAGAAGCAUCACUAAAUCCUCCAUGUCUUCCUCCCUCUACUCUUCUUCUCGAGCGCCUCCAUCUGGGAAGAGGAUUGUGAGGUUGGCCUUGUCUUCACUGUCAGAUGGGUCUGAGAGGAUGGACCUGGCUCAAGCUAGCUCCCUCAACACAGAGCUGUUGGGCCUGCGCUCCCAGGAGAGGGAGCAGCUUGUGGACCUGAAUGACCGCUUCGCCACCUACAUCGAGAAGGUGAGGCACCUGGAGCUGCAAAACCGAGCCCUGCUGGCUGAACUAGAAGCGCUGAGGAGGCGGCAGAAUGACCCGUCCCAUCUGCAGGUUCUCUAUGAGGGGGAGGCGCGGGGGUUGAGGGCCAUGAUUGACUCCGAGAACGGUGAGAAGAUGCGGAUGGAGGCGGAGAGGGAAUACCUGCAGGAUGUGUAUGAGCAGAUGAAGGAUCGCUAUGAGGAGGAGGCGAAGCGGCGUGCAGAUGCUGAGGAGGCCCUCCAGAGGGCCAAAGAGGAGGCAAGCAGGGUUACGCUCUCCAACUGUGAUGCCGAGGCCACCGUGGUCUCCCUCUGUGAUGAGAUGAUGUUCCUGAAGAAAGUCUUUGCAGAAGAGCAAGCAGAGCUACAGGCCCAGCUGCAGGUGGCUAACAUCAGCGUAGACAUGGAGGUGUCUAGGCCCGACCUCUCCACUGCCCUGCGAGACAUUCGGGCACAGUAUGAGCGGCUGGCAAACAAGAACAUGCAGGCCGCCGAGGACUGGUACAAGAGCAAGUUUGCGAGCGUGGCAGAGAUGGCGAGCAAAAACAACGAGGCUGUGUACGCCAUCCGGGAGGAGACCAUGGAGUACCGGCGGCUGCUACAGACCCGCUCCUCAGAGAUCGAGGCUCUCCGGAACGUCAUUGACUCCCUUAACAAGCAGCUGGAGGAGCUGGAGGAGAUGCAGGCGAAGGAGGUAGCAAAGUACCAGAUGAGGAUAAGUGAGCUGGAGCGAGAUAUCACCGAGGCCAAGCAGGAGAUGGCACGCUACCUGAGAGAGUACCAAGACCUUCUCAAUGUAAAGUUGGCCCUCGACAUUGAAAUAGCUGCAUAUAGGAAACUUCUGGAGGGGGAAGAGAUUCGCUUGACUUACCCUUGCCUCCCUGUCCAAAACUAAACCUAGAUGCCACCAGCCUGGCAUAAACCUGAAUUCUUCAUACCCUUUCUUUCCUGAUGUUACCUGAACAUCACCCCCCCACUCCCCCACCCCAUUCCUUCUGUCAUCUUUCCUCCCUUCUUUGCUCCAAAGAAAAAGCUCAUCCUUCUCAAGACAGAUGCGCCCUUGUGCUAAACAAGAGGUCCACCAGAAGUCCCCCUUCUUCUACACACGUUCUGACACCACACAUCAAGAAGACGGCAAAAUACUGAGUAGCGGCACUGCAUCAAUUACAUAGCUACUUCGGAGAGCAGCAUUGUCUUGGCUGAGUUCCUCUGUCAUACACACUAAGGUCCAAGCAGGAGAGUCACUAUUUGACUCCUCUGACCCUUCACUGUGCAAACAUUUGACCAAUUGUUUGUGAAGGAGGACACAAAUCUCAAUUAUCUUUCAAAGCUUGGACUUUAUCUGUGUUUGAACUGAUGCAAGAAACCUGCAGCAUCACUGACCGGGAACUCUACCAAUCGAUUAUGCACUGUCCUGCAGCCCUCGUUCUGUAGUAGUAGUCAGCAAACCAGUAACCUUAAACAUUUCUUUUCAUUAUAUUAGAGACGCAGUUUUGUCCUUUAAGUUAUUCUUCCUCUGCAUUUACAUCUACACAAUUACUGCAAGCUGUGGUUGCUUUGAAAAUCUGAGUUAGUUUGGGCUGUCCUAUUUGACUAGUUAUUUAAAUUUGCAAUUUCUAUCAAAACUGUCUUUUCUUGCAUAACCUUGCAGAUGUCUAAAUGCUGUGGAAGACUAAUUGUUACUGGUUUCUCCUUCCAAUCAUGCAGUGUGUCUCUCAGGCAAUCUGCAUUAGGUUUUCUGUUCUGUAAGCUCAUUCAAAGCUAAACAAUGAAACGAAUUAAUAACUGCAGGGGCUCCUUCCUGUUUGUCUGCUGAUCUUAGAUCUAAUGGUGCUUUAGGUCUGUGAAACUAGUACAAAGUCUGCACCGUUAGGCUUGGUGUACCUGUAACAGCCAGCAGCAAGCUGAAUAAACAUAUAACUGACCUGCA